AGAGACUGGGCAAACCAAAGUCUUUCGCACUUCGAGAAGAACUUUUAUCAGGAGCAUCCGGCAGUCACUGCUUUGACCCGAGAGGAAGUAGAUGAUUUUCGUCGAGAGAAGCAGAUCCAGGUGUCCGGAAGAGAUUGCCCCAAACCGUGCCGUACGUUUGAAGAAGGAUCAUUUCCGGAUUACAUCCUCUCUGUUGUCGAACGUGAAUAUGGUCCAAAUGCCAAGCCAACACCUGUCCAGGCACAGGCGUGGCCAGUGGCUCUUUCAGGCCGUGAUUGCAUCAACAUAGCUGAGACAGGGUCAGGAAAGACCCUGGCGUUCCUCCUCCCUGCGAUUGUCCAUAUCAAUGCUCAGCCCUACCUCAAACCGGGAGAUGGUCCUAUCGUGCUCAUCCUUGCUCCUACUCGCGAGCUCGCCCUCCAAAUUCAUGAGGCAAGAAAUCUCUACGGGCACAGCUCCAACAUCAAGCUUUCCUGUGUUUACGGUGGUGCUCCAAAGGGAGCUCAAGCAUCGGAAUUGCGUCGUGGAGUCGAGAUUAUCAUUGCAACUCCUGGACGUCUAAUCGACUUCCUGGAGUCUCGUACAACGAACCUACGAAGAGUCACUUAUCUCCCUCAAAUCAGAAAGAUUGUAGGGCAAAUCAGGCCUGAGAGGCAAACGCUCAUGUUCACUGCAACUUGGCCCAGAGAAGUUGAGAACAUCGCAAGAGACUUUAUGCAGAAUGAAACGGUUCGCACUGUCAUUGGCUCCCAAAGCUUGAAGGCGGUCAAGACCGUGAAACAAUUCGUAGAAGUUUGUGAAGACGUAGAGAAGCCACGCAAACUUCAAAGGAUCAUGGAGCGCAUAGUCGACAAAGAGGGAUCAAAGAUCAUCAUCUUUACCGAGACAAAGCGUAAUGCGGACAGCUUGACGCGAAACAUGCGACAAGACGGUUGGCCGGCACUUGCUAUCCAUGGGGACAAACAACAGGCUGAGCGCGACUGGGUGUUGCAGCAAUUCAAGUCUGGUGCCUGCCAGAUCCUCGUUGCAACUGACGUGGCGGCUCGAGGCCUCGACAUCAAGGACGUGCGUUUCGUGAUCAAUUAUGAUAUGCCCGGAUGCUGUGAAGACUACGUGCAUCGCAUUGGGCGAACAGGGCGCGCCGGAGCUCAGGGAACAGCGUACACCCUGUACACAGCUACGAAUGCAAAGACGACAGGUAGAGAGCUGUUGAAGAUCCUGCAAGAGAACGGACAAGAGAUUCCGCAGGAGUUUGUGAGGUUGGUUCAAACUUUGGGUGGUGGUGGUGGUGGAAACCGUCGAUGGGGCGGCGGAGGCGGGGGAGGAAGAGGUUUCGGCGGCGAUCGUUACUCUGGUGCGAACAGCAUUCCUCUGGGAGGAGCACGACGCUAUUAG